AGGAGUUUCCAGAGAAAGCUGUAAGAAACAUGAUAGCAGCUGCAAUUACUUCUUUGUGAGGUUUUGUUUAAAGAUUAACUUUUAUGGGAGAUUUGUCUUAAAAACUUUAGAUUUGAAGAGUAAAGGCCACUGGAUGAUAGGUAUCCUGCAGUAAGCUUGGCUGUUUGAAGUCUUCUGUUCUUGUCCAUGAUGACUGCUUAUAAUAUAACUGAAAACACAGUGGAUGUGGAUGGACAGUCCUUAUUUUAUCGUCAAGCUCAACCAUCACAACAGUGUCCUAGGUUUUCUGUUUUACUACUUCAUGGCAUUAGGUUUUCUUCCGAGACCUGGCUGACCCUUAAAACAUUAGAGAAGCUUGCUGAAGCUGGAUACCAGGCAGUUGCAGUUGAUUUACCAGGUCUAGGAAAAUCCAAAGAUUUCAAAGGUCCUGCCCCCAUUGGACAGCUGGCACCUGGCUCAUUUUUGAAGAGUAUUGUGGAAGGACUGAAACUUGGGUCAGUAGUUGUAAUUAGUCCAUCUUUGAGUGGAAUGUAUUCACUGCCCUUGUUGUUUGAACACAACGAGCUAGUGAAAGGCUAUGUCCCAGUUGCUCCAAUCUGCACAGACAAGUAUACAUCUGAUCAGUACUCUACCAUUAAGACUCCAUCGCUCAUUGUAUAUGGUGAUCAAGAUGCUGAGCUUGGGGAGUUGUCCCUGAACAACCUGAAGAACAUAGUCAAUCACAGAGUGAUGGAGAUGAAGGGGGCAGGACAUGCUUGCUAUCUAGAUAAGCCUGAUGAAUGGCAUCAUGGCCUACUGGAAUUCCUAAACAGUCUCUCUUAACAUGACUUAUGGAAUUAAUGAUACAUUGGCUUAACAGCUCACAGGAUAUUGAAGCUUAAAAUAGGGUACCUAAAACAUGCUGUUAAUAAACUGUUGUGAAAAUCAACAUUGCAGGAGUUUAGAAAAAAUGCUUUUUCUGAUAUUGUAGUUAUGUUCAUCUUCAGAAUAUGAAGUCAGAUGUUUAAUGUAAAGUAAAUAUGAGGCCUCCAACAUUAUGUAAAUCUUCAGCAUAUCAAGUCACAUUUUAAACUUCUGCAAGUUAAACAUUAGACCUUUGACAUUUGAUCUGAAUUCUUUAUAAUGUAACUGCUAGAUGUGACAUGAUACAAUUGGCACAAGUGAGAGAUAAAAAAAUGUUUUAUAGUAAAUAUUAAUUCUGCUCUGUGACUGUUUUUCCUAGUCACUAAGUUGUUGGGUAAAAUACAUUUUAUUUCAAUGCA